CCGGGUUCGUUCUACCUUGUUCUCUGAAGAUACAUACUACUUGCACUCCGAGCCUGAAGCUCUCCCGCUCAACAUGGCAGUAUAGCGCGCAGCGGCAUAUUUAGCAGCGGCAACCCCGGCAGUGCAUAGGCUAACUGCCCUGGCUUUAUUUGGCAAAAUGGCGUCUCCCGAUGCAAAACCCCACAGCCUUGCUGCCGUCGACAGCAUAAAACUCCCGCUCGACCUGUCAUCAAAACCUCUGCUCCUCGUGUCCCUGACCCGAAGCAGUGAUGUCUCUGAGCUCACAACUAGUUAUGGAGGAGGUGGGGUCCCUGUUCUUGGGACCCUCACUUCUGAUGGAUGACCCUCUUGGGCCCCUUCUGGACGAUGAAGAGGAACCUCUGACAGAGGGGCGUGCUUCGCCCCUUUCUUUCUCUUCCUAUGCUGAUUCUUGCUCCUCUCCCUUCCCCUGUCUCUCUCCUCCCUCCCCUCCCUCCACUCUCCUGGGAUCCAAGGCUGACCUGCUUCCUUCCCUGCCUUGGUUCUCAGCCGAUGAGCUGCUGACUGCCCACAUAGGUGCAGAGAACAGCCAAGUGGAUGCUUUCUCUGGAAUGGACUGGAUGGCGGAGAAGAUCGAUCUCAGCGACUUUGACCUCCAAUCUCUCAUUGGGUCCUGCGAGUCAGACGAGCCGCCCAGUUCUCCGGAAGAGCUCCUGGCCUGCCUUGAGUCCCACAUGGAUCUCGACUUGGAUCCGCUGCCCUUCCCCGACGCUUCCGCUCACGAAGACCUGGCUCUUCUCCCACUUCCUGAAGACCCCGUUCCUCCCAUCUCACUCCCAGAACCAGAAGUAGCAAUCGUUCCCGAGCCUGCUCUCCUGGAGAUCGAGAUCAAGUCGGAGCCAUCCUCUCCGGUCCCGUCCCCCCUGCCCUCCUCCUGCACCCUUGAGUUGGGUAGUGAGGUUGAUGUUUCUGAGCUGGAGAAGGUGGUGCCUCCGGUUGUGGCCACGGCAACCCCAGAUGCCCUUCAGACCUCCAGUAUUGUUCUCUCCCUCUCUCCGACGCACAUCGUAGUGGUCCUAGCCAGCCCCAAAGAGGAGCUGAGCCCCAUUCCAAGCUCUUGUGGUGAGCUGUACGACAGCGGCAUUGGCUCUGACGCCGGCUCGCCUCCCCACCAGGCGAGCCCUCCCCCCUCUCCUAGGCCCGGCGGUUCCUCCAGAACCAAGCCCUACUCUAAGCCCGAUCCAGAUGCAGCUGGCUCGCCCCCCAUCAGUGGCAAGGUGAAGACUGUGUCUGGAGCGCCUAGGGUGGUGGAGAAGAAGCUGAAGAAGAUGGAGCAGAACAAGACCGCAGCUACCCGUUACCGGCAGAAGAAGCGCUCCGAGCAGGAUCUGCUGAAUAUGGAGGUCGCAGAGCUGGAGAAGCGGAACCACGAGCUGGGGGAGAAGGCCGACUCAAUCAGCCGUGAGAUCAAGUAUCUGAAAGAUCUCCUGGAGGAGGUACGCUCUGCCAAAAACCGCAAGCCCAAGACCAGCUCGGCCUAGAAACACCAAGGGAAGAGGGAACGAGAAAUGUAUUUUGGAAACCGUACAUGCACUUGGACCUGGGAGGUUGUGAGUGGAAGCAUCAGUAUGCUGGUCUCCCAGUCCUGCAUGUGUCCUCUUGCAUCAUCCGUUAGUAGAUCUGAGAUUAUCGGUGUAGUGGCAUAACUUGGUGGAGAAUUUUAGUUAGCCUAAUAACCUAGAAUCAUGAAGCCUACUUCCCUUAAAUGUAAGAGUUAACAGACACAAACACAUGCACAUCACCCCAACCCCCAGACUCUUAUUUCACUCACUCUCUUCCUCCUAUUUUCUUUUUUAAAGCAGCUGAAGUCCUCACGUCCAGUAAGGGGCCUAUUGAAAUUGUGAAAUCUUGUUACACACUGAAAUUCCUCAGUUUUUUUUUUUGUACAUAGGCUUAAAGUGCUUCCCGUGUGGAUUUUAUUUAAUCUAUUAUCACUUUCCAGUCCAUUUUUUUUUUUGUGUAGGUGUGUUUGCUUGUACAAUGCUCUGUUGUUUUCUAUUAAAGCUUUAUUGAAACUCA